CUCAAAACAUAAAUAAUGGAAGAUUUUGAUGAGAAUCUUGAGUUUGAUGACUCUUUCAACAAUCUAGUCAUUGAUAACAAUAAGGAUAACCAAGACUUGUUCGCUCUGAAUACACUGAUUAACGAUUCGAUACAAAAGCCAAACUUGAAGGUUAAAAACACUUCAGAUGAUUCAAAACUUGCCCCGCGAGGGCAUUCCUUGUUGUCUCAUCAAGCUGUGCCUAAUAUAUCAAAGGGUCUUCCUGAAACUAGAGAAGAAAGGAAGAAGUCACUAGAUACAAUCCCUAUCCCAAAAAUUAGCAGACAAAGAAGACCUAGCAGAAAUGAUCCUGAUAUUUACAUAAAAUAAAGCAUUUGGAAAGAAUUUCGAAUUCUCUGAGCAGUAUUUGACAUCUAAGAUAAGUUCUAAUAAAAUAUGCAAGGCUAUCAAGAAGCGAUAUGGGUUUGAGAAAGUUACUAGGUCAACUUUGAAGCAUAUCCUCUAUGAAGGAGCCAGGACUAACCAUAUCCUCAGAAUGAACAAUUCCUGAUUUGAUAAAAUGGUCGAUAUUCUUAACAUUGAUUGAGAUUCAGAUGAAGAAUCUGAAAAAUCACCUGAAAAUAAAGAUGAAAAACCAGAAUUAUUAUUAAAAAAAUCCUCAUCUAAAUUGAGAUCUUCCCAGGGCAGACAUUCGUUAGAUGCAAACUCAGAAGACAACAAGAAUGAUGGGAUUGAAGAAAAGAAGAAAACAUCUGGAACCAAGAAUUCUAACCUAAAUUUCAUCCAGGAAGAGAAGUCUCAGAUUAUGGAUAGCUCUUCAAAUAAUUUUUCACGAGCUGUAGAUUUAUUACAAAAUAUUGUUAAUAUUGAAGAAGAAAAUCUUGAUAUUUUCAAACCAAUCCUUGUCCAAAAUGAUCCCAAAGUGGCACCAAAGCCUCCAGCUACCAGGCACUAUCUUCUCUAUUUAAAACUCAAGGAACAGUAUCAUGAAAUUAUUUUGAAAAUACUAGAGAUAAGAAAAGGAUUUACACAAAAAUUAAUAAAGGACGUUCUCCCAACGCUAACAACCCAGCAAGAUGAAAUUUCUGAAAAUGAGAUGGAAUACGAGCUUUAUACAAACACAAAUGGUAUCGUUAAGCCAAAGUGAUUUGACCUGCGGAAGGACUAUAUCCCUAAGCUGAUCAUCAUCACUACAGCAAGCUUUGGAUGCGCAAUCAUAAUGGGAAUAAUUAUCCUCUUUCAUGAUUACUUUGAUCAAUAUGGCUUCCUACUGCUCAUCAGCAAAAGUUGAUGAGCAGCAAUAGUUUUCCUCAUGACACUCUUGUUGUUCUUUAUAUCUCAUGAUCUAAUGACUUGUAUAAGAAGAAGGUGUAAGAACUUUAUCUCAGGCUGGCUAGACCAUUACUUCAUGAUCCAUAAAUUUUGAGGCUACCUGAUCACUAUUUACGGAAUAAUUCACUCAAUCUGUCAUUUGGCUGGCUCUUUCAGAGUUAUCUCUAGUGCAAAUGAUAUGACAGAAAUUAACAGAGUAACUGGAGGACAAGACUUUGAUGAGGCCCCAGCUUAUUGGGAAUUAUUAUUUUGUACAUUACCCGGAAUUACAGGGUUAAUCUUGCUAUUUGUAAUCUGAGCAAUGGCUAUUACUUCCACAAGGUGAAUACGAAUGAAUUACUUCCAGAUCUUUGGGUACACGCAUAUGGCUCUUUUCCCAAUAUUUUUAAUAACUCUUCUAAUUCACGGGUUAGACUUUUGGUUUACCAUUGUUCUUCCUAUGGCUUUAAUUAUGCUGACACCUGGGACAAUAGGGAUAUUUAUUCAGCAAUUUAUGAGAGUAUUUUCUCACAAAUUUAACAAAUUCUCCAUUAUAGAUAUUUCUGUUUCAAGUGAUUGAACUUACAUGCUGAUGUAUUGAGAAAAGCCAAAGAACUAUCGACUUGUUCAUGGCCAAUAUGUCUUUAUCAAUUGACCUGUGAUCCAUCCUUUGCAAUGGCAUCCUUUUACAGUUGCCUCUUCUCCAAAUAAUCCUCACUUGAUACUAAUGAUAAAGAAAGCAGGGGAUUGGACUGGAAAGUUGAUCCGCCAUCUCUAUGAGUGAAAAUAAAAGGAUGAUGAAGAUGCAUGAGUUUGAUCUUGAAGAGAAUAGCGAAUAUGAUAUGUUUAACCUCCUUCAUGACCUUCAUCAAGAAAUAUCUUUUAAAGCAUCAAAGAAGAGAAAUAAGCUGUUUUACCCAAUGAUCAAGAUAAGCAUGGCUUGAUCAACUCCUAAUGAUACCUUUAUCACUAAAAAGAAUGUGAUAAUGGUAGGAGCUGGUAGUGGGAUCAGCCCAUAUCUUUGACUUCUGGAAGAAGUCAUUCACCAAGAAAAGUUAAAUGUUGAUAAGAAGAAAAGAAGGAAUGCUGAUUUUGAUUUUGACUCUGCAAAACUAAUCUUUAUCUCAAGAGCAGGUGAACAGAUCUCAUGGAUUUCAAACUACCUCUUCCAUAUUAUUAACUCCCCUUGGAUGAUUCCUAAGCUCGAAUUUAAUAUUUUCUUAACACUUGAGAAGAAUUUGAAAACAAUUCCGAGCUUUCUGUUCUGGAGGGCACUCGUGCUGAUAAGCUUAUCUAAAAAUUAUGAGCAACAAAAGAGCUCCAUCCUGCCACAAAUUAGAUAUAACAACAAUGGAAUUUUUGUAGAUAAGGAAGAGUUUCACAAAAGUCCUGUGAAGAUAAUCUUCGGACGCCCUAAUUUCGAAGCCCUAUUUAAGUCCUCAAUCACUGAGGAAGCUAAGAAGAUCUAUGUGUAUUCUACCUCAGGAGCAGGUGUUAACCAGUCUUUGUUCGACACAUGAUACAAGUUGACUAAAGACACAGGAGUCAAGUUCCAACAUAUAUACGAAGCAACUUCUUAAUCCUAGUCAAUAUUUUCCACUUCAAUACAAUGCUUAUGGACUAUGUCAAUCAAAUCUUAACUAGCCAGCUUUAAAUAGAGUUUACUUGCUGUCGAAUAAAAAUCUUAAUUUU